AUGCAUCUCAUGACAAUCGUCGCCCUUGCCCUCCUCACCCCGAGCCCGACCGCCGAGCCCGAGUGGACGUCGGACGAGGCCUUCACCUCCGCCGUGCUCAACAGCACGAACCACUACCGCGGCGAGCACAACGCCUCCGCCGUCGCCUGGAACGACACCCUCGCCGCCUUCGCCGCCGGCUACCUCGACGACAUGCCCGGCGACGACGGCUGCGUCUUCGCGCACUCGGGCGGCCCUUACGGCGAGAACCUGGCCAAGGGGUACCCGGACGCGGCGCGCAGCGUCGAGGCCUGGGGCGACGAGCGCGACGACUACGACUUUGACGAGGGCGAGUUCGACGAGGACACCGGCCACUUCACGCAGCUCGUGUGGAAGGCCACCACCGACGUCGGCUGCGGCCGCAGGCUGUGCGGCGACGGGCAGUGGUAUCUCGUAUGCGAGUACUGGCCGAGGGGCAACGUCCAGGGCCAGUUUGUGGAACAGGUGCAGGAGGAGGCGCUCGGGGUGAGGUGUGCCCCCGGGACGAUGCUGUUCGGUGUUGUCGGAAUGGCCUCACUCUGGGUAUUGGUAUGA